AAACCUUAAAACUAUAUCCUAAAUAAGUGGAAGAGAGAAAUAAAUCAACAUGGUCGAGGUUUAUGAGUUCUGGACUAUAAUAGUUUCACUCUCAGUGGUAAAGCUAUGUCACUGGAUCUAUAAGUGGAUAAAUCCAAAUAGUAAUGGAAAACUUCCUCCAGGGUCGAUGGGGUUUCCUAUAAUCGGAGAGACUUUCGAGUUCAUGAAGCCUCAUGACGCCUUUCAGUUGCCUACAUUCUUGACGAAAAAACUCCUCAGACAUGGACCAAUUUUCCGGACAAGCUUAUUUGGAGCCAAAGUUAUUAUCUCGACUGAUAUUGGAUUGAACAUGGAGAUAGCAAAGACGAAUCAUGCUCCUGGAACGCCGAAGAGCUUAGUGCGAUUCUUUGGGGAAAACAACUUGUUUGUACGGAGUAAGGAGUCCCAUAAACAUGUCCGAAACUUGACAACCCAGUUUUUAGGUUCGCAAGGUUUGAGACUGAGGAUGAUACAAGACAUUGAUUUCUUGGCUCGCAAACAUAUGGAGGUAGGAGCUAAGAGUGGUGGUCUUGACACCAAGGAAACAACAAGCAAGAUCUUAAUUGAAUGUCUUGCGAAGAAAGUUAUGGGUGAUAUGGAACCAGAGGCCGCAGAAGAACUAACACGCUGCUGGACAUACUUUCCAAGGGGCUGGUUUCGAUUCUCAUGGAACAUUCCUGGGACUGGCGUCUAUCGAAUGUUGAAGGCAAGAAAGCAGAUGAUGAAUCUAAUCAAGGAGACCGUGUUGAAGAAGAGAGCAUCAGGAGAGGAGUUUGGGGAGUUUUUCAAGAUCAUAUUUGGGGAAACAGAAGGAGGAGCAGAAACGAUGAGCAUAGAGAAUGCGAUAGAGUACAUAUUUACUUUCUUUGUGAUUGCUAACGAAACAACGCCAGGGGUCCUUGCAGCUACUGUAAAACUCAUAAACGAUAACCCUAAAGUCAAGCAAGAGUUGCAGAGAGAGCAUGCGCAAAUUGUCCGGGAUAAGACUGAGAAGAAGGAGGCUGACUUAACAUGGGAAGAUUACAAAUCAAUGACUUUCACCCAGAUGGUGAUAAAUGAGUCUUUAAGGAUCACAAGCACGGUGCCGACAAUGCUUAGAAUAACUGAACAUGAGAUCCAAGUUAGUGGUUACACAAUUCCAGUUGGUUGGAUCUUCAUGGGCUUUCCUAGUGUCCAUUUUAAUCCUGAAAAGUACGAAGACCCUUUAGCAUUUAAUCCAUGGCGCUGGAAGGGAAAAGACUUGAGUGUGAUCCUCUCCAGGACUUACAUGCCUUUUGGCGCUGGUUCUAGACUAUGUUUAGGAGCUGAGUUUGCUAAGCUGCAGAUGGCUAUUUUUAUCCAUCAUUUGUGUAGAUACAGGUGGUCAAUGAAGACAGAAACUACAGUACUUCGGAGGUUUAUACUUAUGUUCCCACGUGGAUCUGAUGUUCAAAUCUCUGAAGACACUGAAAUGGAUAAUUCGGCUGGUUAUUGAUUAAAGUUGUUAUAUUCCAUUCGAGGUCGUUAGUUUCAAAUUCCAGAGUAAAGGCGUGUACAAAUAUAUAUAUAACGGUCUUGUAAGAGGCAGUGGUUGUGUAACUUCUGAGAACUUCAUUACAAGACCGAUAUAUGUAUUGUAGACACGUGGGUCUUUGUGUGUUUUUCUUUUGUUUGUGCUUUUCUAUUGAAUAAAUAAGAGAAAGUAAGCUAAGCACUUUGGAUGUGCUUCCAAAUACUUAUGAAUAUAUAUAUAUAUAUAUAUAUAUAUAUAUAGACCGGUCCAACCUAAAUAGUGGUCUUAAGUAGCCGUCUAGUUCGUCUAUCCUCUUGACCGGGCAUUUCGUCUUUUGGGAGUGACACUAGUCGUGAUAAGGAAGAGAAGGGAACACAUGGCGUGAGGUUAGGUCAACAGGAGUGACAAAACCUAAUUAGAAAGAGAACAUGUGUACAAUUUUGGGUCAUCAAACACCGG